CUUCAGAUGAGACUCGGAGAUAUUAUCGCGGAGAUUAAUUAUGUGAGCUCAGGUAAGCCAACGGAGGCCAACGGGCAAGUAUAGAAGGCUGUGAUGAAUCUGAUGAUAGAACUAACAAAUCAACUAGUAGCCCAAGACAAAUCACAUUGAUGAGCGCGCGACAAUUUUUUUUGUGCGCCUGCUGUGUUUCUUGCUUGGCAGCAUCAUGGGCUAUGAGACAAACAUGUUGAUUGUCCCGGAUCUGAUGUACAUGCUGUGCAGUUGUCCAGCUCUUUGAUCAGUGAUGGCACAACGAGUCAAGCCCCGCUGCUUCCACUGGCGACUGCACAGUGGUUGUUACGGAGAACUUUUUGAUGCAGAGCUACCAGGGACUACCUAACAGUAUAUAACUGGCAGGGUCUGCUAGGCACCGGCUUUGUUCCUUCUCUCUUUUAUCCGUCAUGUCGCUACUCAACUUGAAGGUAUGGCCGUCGAUAGUGGCCUUGGUGGCAGCCACUGCACCCCAAGGUGCAUUUGCGCAGAUAGUGGCAAAUAUAACGUGCCUCUCCUCCUUUGGCUGGAUGAACAACAGUCUUGGCCAGACCCCUUGCUUAGUUACUGCCUACCUCGGGAGCCCCUGCGCUGGUGGAAGCGCUGAGAUCGUUGCUAUCCCUGCGGGUACUCAAUAUUCAGGUCCCCCGCUCAGUGGAGCAAACCCUUGCCAAUGCAAUUCAGUAAUCUACUCACUGACGAGCGCGUGUGGUGUUUGCCAGGGCCUCAUUCCUGUGACCUGGAGUUCCUGGAAAACCUAUUGCACAACGGCUUUUACACAAUCAUAUCCAAUGAACAUUCCGACUGGCACUGCAGUUCCGAAUUGGGCUUACUUGGAUGUCGUAACUAGUAAUAUUUUCAAUGCCACCGCAGCGCAGCUGGAUGGAGAUUUGCCGGAAUCCAAAGCGACCUCGUCACUAUCCAUUAUUUCGACCGUGAUCGUGUCGCCAUUGGCUAGCGUCACUUCGACUAUAUUGAUAUCCGCUAGCUUACCCGCUUCGACCACGAGCACAGGAUCUUCAACGCCUACUUCCAAGAGCUCGGACGUUGGGGCUACAGCUGGGGGUGUUGUCGGAGGAAUUGUUGGAGUUGGAGCCAUCGCAGGUCUUGCAGCAUGGUUCUUCAUCAGGCGUCGUCGCUCUCGCAGAGCACCCUUACCCACUUUCAGCCAACCCCAAAUGACGCAGCCUCCGCGUUUCUAUGAUCCCGCCGACCCGAGCACUUUCCCGCUGCCAUUGUCCUCUACCAUACAAACCAACACAUCGUCGGUCAACCAAAACUUUUCACAGCAGUCGCGUCCUGGGCAGUAUAAUGGUGUUCCGGAGGUCUAAAAUAGCCCGUAAAGUUGAUCUUUUGAUGCUACUCCCUCAUAGAAUUGGACAACACAUUAUACCAUACGACAGAUUGGCAGGGAGUUCGGCUGCAGACGACGUGGGUUUGUAAUGAGCCUUAUGCAGCGGUUCCACUGAUGCAGAUGAAAUGUACUAGAGGAUACCUGACCUGGGAUUUUACCGGGCAAAAUAG